AAUGUCAAAUAAAAUUAUCAGCCGAUAAAUGAGUAAUCUGCACUAAAAUUAAACAGAUCCGCCUUUUACUUCCUUCAAGCUCUUCAAAAAUUCGUGUUGACUGCCCAGAGUCCACGAAUUUCUGUUAUUUCAACUUUAAUUUAACCAAAAAACGCAUUAACAAUGUCUGAGGUACAUAAAUUUAGUAAUAUAGAGGUCCCAAUAACUUGCCAUGCCUGGAAUAAGGAUAAGACUCAAAUAGCUUUAAGCCCUAAUAAUCACGAAGUACAUAUUUAUAAACGCAAUGGAUCCGAAUGGAAACUCAUAGAUGUUUUAAACCAGCAUGAUUUACGUGUAAUGGGUAUCGAUUGGGGUCCAAAUACCAAUAGAAUCGUUACUUGUGCUGUUGAUCGAAACGCGUACGUUUGGACGCAAGGAGAAGAUGGAAAAUGGAAACCGACUUUAGUUUUAUUGCGUAUUAAUAGAGCUGCGACGUGCGUGAAAUGGUCACCGAAUGAAAACAAAUUUGCUGUUGGAUCAGGAGCUAGAUUAAUAUCUGUUUGUUAUUUUGAAUCUGAAAAUGAUUGGUGGGUUUCUAAACACAUAAAGAAACCAAUUAGAUCUACAAUAACCGCAAUUGAUUGGCAUCCAAACAAUGUUUUAUUAGUCGCUGGUUCCGCUGACUUUAAAGUUCGCGUUUUCUCUGCUUAUAUAAAAGAUAUUGAAAAAACCCCCGAACCUACACCAUGGGGUGUUAAAAUGCCUCUUGGUCACUUAAUGGCGGAAUUUGUUAAUUCACCAUCAGGAGGAGGUUGGGUACACAGCGUUUCAUUUUCAAGUGAUGGAAAUAAAAUAUGUUGGGUUUCCCAUGAUUCAACAAUUAAUAUAGCUGAUGCCACAAAAGGAAACGGUAACAACGCCGUUUUUAAACUACGAACCGAAUUUUUACCGUUUCUUAGUUGCAUUUGGGUCACCAAUAAUUCAAUUGUAGCAGCGGGCCACAGUUGCAUUCCAAUUUUAUAUUCUAUUAAUUCCGAUGGGGGUCAAUUAAGCUUUAAUGCAAAAUUGGACGCUUCAAUGAAGAAAGAAACCGGUGGUUUGAGUGCAAUGCGAAAGUUUCAAUCUUUGGAUAAACACUCGAGGAGUGAAAUUAAUGAUACCAAUUUGGAUUCGGUUCAUCAAAACGCUAUAAGCAGUAUUUGUGUCUAUUCGGGUGAGAAAGGUAAUGUUAAAAGUUUUAGUACGUCUGGAAUGGAUGGGCAAUUGGUUAUUUGGAAUUUGGUUCAAUUGGAACAAGCAAUGCAAGGUUUAAAAAUUUAUUAAGAAAAAUGAAAUUGACAAAUUUUUUUUAUAAACUUUAUGGUUAUGUAACAUUUAUCUUGUCAUUUAAAGUAAACGUCUUGUAAUAAAUUAUUAUUAAUAUCUA